AUGAGAAGCGCACCACCCAUUAAGAAUGGCACUUUCUCCGCUGAAUCGGCGAUUGCUCUGCUGGGUGUGAAGGUAAUUUGUCCAUUCUGGGAUGAUCUGUCUGAUGACGAGACGCUCCAAUUGCUGCGAUUGAGCCAUUUGUACGCGCUUACUCGGUUUCGUCAUAAUUGGAAGGCCUCCCGAAAACUGGCCACCAUCUCGGUGAGGGUGCAAUCUCUUCGCAAGAGUGGAAUAGAAUGUGCUCUGAAUGAGUCUGCCCUGAGUGCCCUGCUGGCCAGACGCCACAACUGCCAAAGGCCAGUCUCGGGUAACCGUGUCCUAUCGCUGAUCAUGGCCGGCAAUGUGCCCUCCAUUGAUACAUUGGAGAUCGACCCUGACUCCUUGGACCGCAUGGUUCACUAUCGAUGGUAUAGGAAGCUGCGCUUCACUGACAAAGUCAUAGACUACGAAUUGACCCAGGACGCUGAAGCCCUGGCCGCUAAAACCCGGGACGUUGAACACGAUGACGUUUUCAUCGCUCUGCAGAUGAGAACUGCGACCCGUUCAAAACCGGAGGUGACUCGAAUACCAGUGGCGACUUCAAGACCAGUGACGACUUCAAGACCGAUUCAGCCGCCAAACCAACACCUGUCGAAAGCAGAGCCGACGACCCCAGCGGACGAAGCCGUCGGCCGUUUUUGGGGCGCAUGGCUACAGAUGGGCCUGACGUCGAGUAAAUCGAAGAGAUCCGUUUGGGAAGUGCCCUCCGGCUCGCACUGGGUCCUAGAGUAG